GAAAUAGUAAACAUUUUAGAUCUUAUACCUUAGCAACAUAAAAAUAAAAGUCACCGCUAAACGGAUAAUGCAUAGUAUCUUUUUAUCUGGCCUUGGGACAUUAUUUUUUGUGGGCUCUCACGUAACUAUACGAAAAAUUCUCCAAAGUCGCUUUCGAGACAUUUUUUCAGACACUAGCAUUUACGUUAUUUCUUGUCGAUUAGUGAGUGCACUUCAGGGUGUUUUAACAUCAACUGUGGGUAUCAUAAUUGCAUCAUCCUGUAAAGAUAUACUUAAAGAUACACAUUGGCUCACCCUAAACUAUGCAUUUUUUGUCUUGCCCUAUUUCCCAUAUGAUCUGUGGGCAAUGUAUGCUUACAAUAUCAGAGUCCAUGAUGAUCUCUAUAAAUAUCUGAAUCUGGAGGAUAGGAUCGUGCUGUUUAUAAAACUAAACAAGUUGAUGAUUGCUCACCAUCUUGUCAUACCAUGUGUGCUCAUGCCUCUUGUGUUGUGUUUGAAAAAUACAAAGGGAGACUAUUUCUUUGGAGCGAUGCUCACAGUGGAAUUAGUUAUCCCAUUUAUCUCUGCAAGAGAGAUACUCUCUCAGUUGAACAUGAAGGAUACAAGAAUGUAUGUUUACACAAGCCUAGGAAUGGUAGUGAUGUUCUUUGCUUGUCGUAUUUCACUUUUCCCAUAUCUGUUUUAUAGAUAUGCUGUUUACGCCGACAUUCCAUUGACACAAGUGCCAUUUCACAUUCCACUUAAAUGUACCCUGUCAUGUCUCUUGAUUCUGGCCCCACAGGUGUAUUGGUUUGGGCUGAUGAUUAGAGUUCUGUUCAGAGCACUUACAAACAAGUAUUAACAACUACUAACAAUUUUACAUCACUUUUAAAAUGUAAUAUUUUUAUUUUUUUUUAAUUGAAGAAGUUGACUCUAAUCCACAGAAUUUAUAUUGGAAAUGUUUUUAAAUAAUUCUGACAAUUUAUCAUUUUGUGCUGUGAUAAAAGAUUCUUAAGUUGUGUAUUUUCUAAAAUAAAAAUACAAAACAAACAAAACAAAAACAACUUAAAAAGUAAAAGUUCAUGCCUAGAAUAAUAAAGUUAAUGUAAUGCUCACUAAUUUCUGCACUGAACAGUUACUGAAAUUGUCAAGUGACUAGAAAAUUUACCAAGCACUUUUAAGUUGACUCUAAGGGACCCAUUAGAGCUAGGUGGAUUCAAUGACUUGUUAACAUCUCAGCCUUAUUAGUAUUAAAACCCAACAUUUACUUGCCACCAUUUCUCUCCAUAUUUUUUUUUUAUGAUAAGCCUGUACCAACAUAAAAAUUUCAUUAUAUUAAUGAGCAGUCUGUCUCUAUUAUUAAUUUUCAAAGAUUGUAAAUGAAAACACUUAGCUAUAUUUUGAUGAUUGAAUUACAUAGUUCACCAUUGUAUUAUUUUUCAUAAGAAUGAUAUUCUCUGUUCAUUAUUACAUUAAUAAUGAUCAAUCUAAUAGUAAUAAAAUUGUUAACAUA